AUGUUGAAUGAUGGAGAUGAGAUUCUUUAUCCCCCAAGUUCAUCAUCUUUUCUUCAUAAUCAUUUACAUAUAAAAGAAGAAGAGGCAAGAAAGAAACGUGUUAUGCAUUUUGGACAUGAACAUCCGUUGACGUUCAAAGAAGAUGUUAGAAAAGGAUUCGAAGGUGAACUGCUUUGCAAUUGUUGUGGUAUUGAAAUUGGAAUAGGCGGGUUCACUUGUAGUAUGGAAAAAUGCAAUGGUUUUAAUCUUCACGAAUUUUGUGUAUCUUUACCCAAAGAGAUGAAAGAUUAUCCAAAUCACUCACAACAUCCUUUAAUCCUCUACACACACCCGCCUAAUCCCAACUAUAAUUACAAGUGUGAUGUUUGCGAUAAUCACUACAUGUGGGCGACACCAUUCUUUUAUCAUUGUGAGGUAUGUCUUAUCACUGCAGAACUUGCUCGUUCUGGAUCCACGAGCAAUGUUGCUCACUGCCUCAACGUAUCGAACAUGACAGCCAUAUGCAUGAGCUCAAAUUACUCCAUUCACCAGGCACACAUGCAGUACGCUCUAUAUGUGGGGGACAAAAUAAUUGAGACGUCUGAAGAACAAGAUCGAAUAAACGACAAAUUGAUCCAAUUUCCGUUGCCUUUUAAUGAGGUCGUACGGGACACGCUAGCCCAAUUUAUUAAAAAUACAUGUGAACCUGAGGACGUGGAAAACGGGCAUAUCCUCAAACAUCCCAGCCAUGGUCAUCAACUUACCCUGGAGGUUCAUUCAUGCAAAUUUACAAGGUUUGACUAUAGUAGUACAACUAGAUGUGACUAUGAAGUGUGCAAUGCAUGCAUGCUUCCCCUAUUAAAUAAUACACCCAUUUAUAGUUUCAAUGAGACGAUAUGCAAUUUCGAUUUACACAAAUGGUGUGCUGAAUUGCCGCGUGAGCUAAAGCACCCGGCUCACUUAGAUAUAGGACACACACUAAUCCUACAAGAAAAUCUCAAAGAAUGCUUUGGCUUCUUUAGAUGCAAGGGUUGUAAGGAGAUAGGGAAUGGUUUUGCCUAUAAAUGCAAUAAAUGUGAAGGAUACUACUUGGAUGUUAGAUGCGCUACACUUCCUAAAUUCGUGAAACACGAGACUCACGAUCACCCUCUCCUUCUUAAGUAUGGGAGAUCCAUAGGAGGUUGCAUCUCAUGUGGUAUAAGAAAUUUCAUUAAAAAGUGCGAUUGCAAGAUUUGCAACUAUAGCUCUACCAUCUCACCAUGUUUCUCCUCCUUCUCAUUUGGUUGUGAUGCUUGCCAUUUUAGCAUUCACCCCAAAUGUUUGAUAAUGCCACAAGAAAUUGUACAUUGGUACGACGAACAUGGAUUCAAAUUGACAUAUUCAACUCAUGAUGUUUCCACUAGUAAUGACAAUCAAGGUGCAGCACAGGACCAUUGUGAAUUUUGCGAAAGGAAAAUCUUGUCAAGUUUGGUGGACUCUAUAAAUCUCCGCAUCACAAAUGUUCACUAA